AAGGGAGGACGCACUGAGAGCACCGAGUUCGGGGACAAUCACCUCUGAAGCAGUUUGUUCUGCUGCUGCUCGGUGAAGCUGCUCAGCGCGGACCGCCAACACGUCACGGAUAUAAAUACAGACAAACAUCCUCCAUCGACCCGUGUUCUCCCAGAGGAGAUCCACGCCUCCCGCGGGCGGAGGAGCAGGGUGGAGGACCCGCAGGAGGAUCAAGAUGUUGAGGUGUGAAGCUCCUCGGUGUGUCUGCGUCUGGUCUCUGCUGCUGCUGCUCCACGACCCCAGUGGCUCCGCCCCCACAGAGUCCCACAGCUGCAGGAUCUCUGUGUCAGAACCAGCGUCCGGUGUGGACUCCAUCUCCCUGACCGUCAGCACACCCCGACCCAACUGCUCCUUCGCCGUCUCCUCCCAGGACGCCGCCGCCGAGUGCGUGAGGCGAGGAGCAGGAGGCCAGGGGGCGGAGACCAAUGAGACUGGAGGAAGGGAGCGAGGAAAGGAGGAGAGGAUGGAUGGAAACCUGACGGGAGUCCAGCACGUAGGGAGCAAUGAGGGGGGAGGAGUUUUCACCUGUGUGCUGGAUCACCUGGAGCCUGGAACCGCCUACAAGCUGGAGAUCCAGUCCCACAGGGACCAGGAGGCGGCCAACGUCACCCUGCACACCAAGCCGUCGGCGGUCAGCAGCCUGUCAGUGACCUUCAGGGCCUCCAGAAGCCUGGACCUUUCCUGGCAGGCCGGCCCGGGGAGGACGCAGCGCUUCAGGCUGCAGCUGUGGGACCUAACUGGUCUGCUGAGGAACGAGACGUUGGAGAGCACGGCGACGAACCGCACACUCCUCCACCUGACGCCGGGCCGGCUGUACAACGUUACCAUGGUGACGGAGGCCGGCGGGCUGAAGAACAGCCGGACAACCGUGACCCGGACAGUUCCCGCCGCUGUCGCCAACCUCACCGCCGACCCCGGCAACGGGACCGGCCUGUCGUUGUCGUGGCAACUGCCCGAGGGCGAUCUGGACGCCCUCGUGGUCACUCUGUCGACCAACGGCACGGUCUCCUGGGAGGCGACGCUGAGGCCGGACCAAACCGAGGUCGCCGCUGGCCCGCUGACCCCCGGCUCGGCCUAUCGGGUGGAGGUGACCUCCAGGAGCGGCGAGCUGAUGAACCAAUCAAAACUCACCGCGAGGACAGCUCCGGCGGCGGCGUCCCUCCUCUCGCUCUCUCUCUCGCCCUCCUCCCCCGGCGGCCUCCUCCUCUCCUGGUCGCCCCCCCCUGGCCACUGGGAGAGCUACAGGCUGCUCCUAUUCGACGGCGCCCAGCAGUUAGUCAGCGCCGCUCCGGGCCGAGAGGCCGCCAACUUCAGCUUCCCCGGGACGGGACUAACGCCUGGAAGGGCGUACAGAGCCGUGCUGCGCGUGGAGAGCGGCGGCCUGACGGCGGAGAGCAGCUGUGAGGGGGCGACAGCUCCGGCCGCCGUGGACGACCUCCACAUACGGCACUCGGACGAGACGUCUCUCAGCGCCAUGUGGAGCCACGCCCCCUCCGGGUCACGUGACAGCUACUUCCUGACCAUCCGCCACGCCGGCGUCACCAUGGAUACCAGGGAGCUGCAGCCAAACACCAGGGAGUGCACGUUCAACGUGCUGGUGCCCGGCAGGCUGUACACCGUCACCGUGACAACCAGGAGCGGGACGCUCAACGCCUCCGUGUCCCUGCAGGGGAGGACGGUUCCCAUGGCGCUGGGCGCCGUCACUCUGAGCAGCUCCGGGGUCAGCAGGCUCCGGGCAUCGUGGGACAAGCCACCGGGGGACGUGGACUCGUACACCAUGGUCCUGCUCAGGGACAGCGCGGUGAUUCAGAACCACAGCGUUCCGGUCGCUUCUUCUUCUCUGCUGCUCGGCGGGUUGCUCCCCGGCGCCCUCUACAGGCUGCAGGCCGCCACCGUCAGCGGGGGGCUGCAGUCCAAGACCACCGCGCUGGAGGGACGGACGGCCCCGGCGUCGGUCUCCGAGGUGACGGUCUCUAACAGCGGCCGGUCGGACGCCCUGCGGGCGGCGUGGCGCCCGGCCCCCGGCGUGGUGGACAGCUACCUGGUGCGCCUGGUGGACGGGAGUCGCACCGUCCACGCGCUCGCCGUGUCGCACUCCUCCGCCCCCGAGUGCUCCUUCAGCUCGCUCGUCGCCGGGCGACUGUACGCCGUCGUCAUAGCGACGAGGAGCGGCGGCCUGGAGAACGCCACCGUGGUUCAAGCGCGCACGCAACCAGAAACCGUUCAAAACCCGACAGCUGUUCACUCUGCGAGAGACGACUUCCUCAAGGUGUACUGGAGCCGUGCAGCAGGAGACCUGGACCGCUACGUGGUUCUGAUCCGUUACAACAACAGUGUUCUUCAGAACCAGAGCGUCUCCGCCGCCCACAACGAGUGCGUCUUCUCGUCGCUGACGCCGGGGAGACUCUACACCCUCACCGUGGAAACCUGGAGCGGGGAGUACGUGGCCAGCGUCUCCACCGACGGACGCACAUUUCCGGCGGCUGUUGGAAACCUGUCGCUAGGCAACGAAGGAACCGGCGAGCUGACCGUCGCGUGGAGCCCCGCCCCCGGGGAUGUGGACCACUACGAGGUGACGCUCCUCUUCAACGACGUCAGGGCGUUCCCCCCCGUCACGCUGGGCAGCGAGACGCGACGCCACCGGCUGACCUCCCUGACCCCGGGACGCCUCUACAAGAUCGUGGUGUCCACCUUCAGUGGGCCGAACCAGAGGGCCCAGUUCAUCGAGGGACGGACAGUUCCCAGUGCGGUGGGGAACCUGCGCCUGGCGCCCUACGCCGGCCUGAAGGCCCCCGUCGGCGGGCUGCUGGUCUCCUGGACCCCUGGAGACGGGGACCUGGACAUGUACAUUGUGUCCUUGUCCACUGCGGACGGUGUUGUCAUAGAGACUCGUCCUGUCCCCAAACACGUGUCCUACCUGGAGUUCCUGGACCUGACGCCGGGCCACGCCUACACCGCCACCGUCCAAUCGCUGAGCGGCAAGCUGAACAACAGCAAAGCGGCGAGCGGCAGAACGGCUCCGGCCGCCGUCACGGCCCUGCAGGCCGACAACGACCACACCGCCCGCAGCCUGACGGUCAGCUGGGAGAGGCCCGUGGGCGUGUACGACGGCUACGGCCUGCAGCUAUUGGACGAGGCCGGCGUCCUCCUGGCCGAGCGCUCCGUGCCGGCGGGGCGCCACAGCGAGCGCCUGGAGGGCCUGACCUCGGGGCGGUGGUACCGGGUGAAGGUGAUCACGCUCAGCGGCGGCGUUCUGUCGCCGGAGGCCACGGCGGAGGGGCAGACCCGUCCGGCGGCCGUCAGUAAUCUGACCGUCACCUCCUCCAACACCUCCUCGCUCUCCUUCUCCUGGCGCCCCUCGCAAGGUCACGUCGACCGCUACGACCUGUCGCUCUACAGUGUCGCCGAGGCAACGGCUGCAGGGAGCAGGAAGGAGCAUCAGGAGCCCGUGGCGCGGCAGAAGGCGGGCGCCGCUGCAGACGGCUGUAGUUUCUCGGCGCUGCGAGCAGGAAGUCUGUACCGGCUGCGCGUGGUGAGCUGGAGCCGGAACCUGAGCAGCGACUCCUCGGUGGUGACCCGGACCGUGCCGUCUGCGGUCUCCUCGCUCCGGGUUCAGAGUUCAGGGCGGACGGACCGGCUGGCGGUCGGCUGGCAGCACGGAGACGGAGGCCGCAGCAGCUACCAGGUGUACUUGUACGACGUCUCUGGAGCCUCCCUGGCGGCCCAGACCCUGGGGGCGGAGCAGACGAGUCACAUGUUCUCUGGGCUCGUCCCCGGUAGGCUGUACCGCGCUGAGGUCAUCACGCACAGCGGGGAACUGACCAAUGAGACGUCAGCGCUGGGACUCACCGCCCCGGAGCCGCCCACUCACCUGUCCGUCAAACAAGGCCCGACCAAUGACACGGUGGAGUUGUUGUGGUCUGGUCCCGCCUCCGGAGACUACGACAGCUUCAGCCUGCAGUGGACCCCUCCGGACCGCCUGUCCGUCACGCAGACACACCUGAGCGGCCGCACGGUGGGCGGGAUGUAUCCGGGCCGGAGGUACAACUUCACCCUGGUGACCAUUGCCGGGGGCGGAGCCAAGGGCGGGCCUAUUGUCAGCAGCCAGCCAAUCCAGAGGAACGUCAGAAUGAGCCCGUCUCCUCUGAGGUCCAUCCACUGCUUCCCUCUGUCCUCCUCCUCCCUGUCCUGCUCCUGGUCUCCUCCUCUCUCUGACUUUGACUCUUUCGAGGUCGAGUGCCGUCGCCACGACGACGGGGUCCUGACCUCGUCGCUGCGGCUGGCGAGCGGCGUCACCGCGGUGACGCUGGACCGCCUGGAGGCGUUCAGGAAGUACUCAGUGACGGUCAGAGUGUCCUCAGCAGGACAGACGAGUCCACCGAGACCACACACUGUCACAUGAUAGA